CGAAGCGGUUCAGUUUAUAUCAAGUAAUUUACAUUGGUUUCGAUUCCAAACAAACAUUUUCUUCUUUUUUGGGUUUUUUGUCACUGUCUUUUUAUUAUUGCCGGCAAUUUUCCUUCAGUCAUUUUAUUCGGCUUGGACGGCUUAAGAAAAUAACUUCAAUUGUUCUUACUUCGUGAAAUAUUCUGCAUUUUCUUACACUAAAAUCCCCUUGUCGGCAACCACUGUGAAAAAUGGACGAGAAUUACACAAAUGCUCAUCGUGCUUUUCUACAGGCUUGUAUCCGUCUCAGCGUACUGUCGACCAAACAAACACACGACGUUCUGCAAUCGGUUCAAAAUAAACACGGUGACAGUGAGGCAGAGGUAAACGAUGCGGCCGUUCGAAAAAUGGUUGAUGAAAUCAAUGCCAAACUGACGGAACACGAAAUUGAACAACGUUUAAGCUUCGUACACUAUGAAUGGGACGAUAUAGCGUGCGAAUUUUUGGUAUUUUGCAACACAUUUGCUACGAUUGGUGCAUCGCCGGUGUACAACGAAGCCGAAUCCAAUUAUAUGAAAACUCUGAUGGAAAAGAUCGUAAUGAAUGACACACAUUCGUUAUCGCGAAUGUCGGCGGUGCACUUGUCUUCGGCACCAUCGCAACUCUCCCAGUCGCAGUCAACGUCGAAAAAGGUGACGAAACAACGUGCCGAAGAUCUGCUUGAAGAAUGGAUAGAGGCUGGCUAUUUCAUGAAUCGCGGUGAUUUGAUUACAUUGGGCCCCAGAGGUAUUGGCGAAUACCGUGACACAUUCCGCACCAAAUUUGGUGAUUACAUUCAAUGUUGUCGUUUGUGCAGCGAGAUUGCAUUGCAGCCCCAUUUCUGCCCGAACGAUGAAUGUGAUGCGGCGUUGGAUAAACGUUGCUUCAAAAACUAUGUGGUGAAGCAGAAAAAGUGUCCCGGUUGCAAGUCCGAUUGGCACGAGGAAGAGGCAUAAACAAUAAUAAUGGUCCAACCACAUUGUGCCACAAGAAGGUGGUCAUUUUCAUGGACAUUUCAACUCAUUACAAAUAAUCUGAAAUAAAAUAUGACAAAAAAUCGCAAAAUAGCAACAACAAAUAAGGAAAAAGUUUAAAGACCAGUUUUUCUGGGUUGAAAGUUUAUAAAAACAAAACCAAAUUGGUUCAGAGAAUUAAAACAAAACAAUUGGAUAAAGAAUACAUACGGAAUGAAUGAAGCUAAAAA